GAUUUCUUGAUCAAACAUGGCGAAUCAAUCAAAAGAAAUUACCCAGAACCUCUACGGCCGGUCAGCUCCGCCCUCACACCAAACAGUCAAGCUCUUGACCGCAGCCACAGUUGGUGCCACGCUGUUAUUCUUGUCCGGGUUAACUCUGACCGGGACGGUGAUUGCCCUGAUCAUGGCUACCCCCGUCCUGGUGCUGUUUAGUCCAAUUCUAGUCCCGGCUGGGAUAGUCAUGCUCCUCAUAGCAGCCGGCUUUCUUUUCUCCGGCGGUUGUGGCAUGGCAGCAAUGACGGUGAUGGCAUGGUUAUAUAACUAUGUAUCUAACUAUGCGGCUGCUAUGCAAAGGGCUAAUGCGUACGGGCAGUUCGUGAUGCUUGAUAUAUAGAAAUGGUGGGCGUGAGUUGGUUUAAGGAGGAGUGUAAAUUGUCAAAUGCGGUUGGUGUUUUUGUUUGUUUGUGAAGCUAAUAUUUGUUCUGCUAUAA